GGAAAUCUCGUGUACUCUAGACCGCUUUCUCGGAGAAAGUUUGUAGCCGGGCCGGCGAGCAUUCCGAUCGAUCCGACGACUAGGUAAAUAUAAACAUUCGCCGUGCAGAUCCGGAUCGUGGGGUGGUGGGCCGGCCGACGACUCCUCCGGCUUCCAGUUCCGAAGCCACGCCUCGGCACGAACGCAGCAGCUCUACCACCACCACCACGUCCGUCGUCCUCCACACUAUUCUUCCGAGCGUGCCAGCAGCGGCGGCGACAUGGCGACGGAGCUGGAGAAGCAAGACGGCGAGGGCGAGACGUCAUCGCCGUCGGCGCGGGUGCGGCUUCUGGAGCGGGAGGUGGCGGUGGCGAAGCAGACGGAGGCGAAGAUGCUGGAGUCCCUGAUCCACCGGACCAAGGAGCUGGAGCAAGCCAAGAUCGCGCUCGAGGAAGCCAAGCUCGAGGCCGCCACGCUGCGGCAGGGCGCGGCCGCGGCCGCGCCCGCGCAGGGGCAGUGGAGCGUCAUGGACCUCAUGUUCGGCGGCGUCGACGAGGAGAUCAACGGGCUGAGGGGCAGCCUCCGGUCGGCGCUGAUCGCCGAGGAGAGGAGCCGGACGGCGGGGGACGACCUCGCCGCCGCGCUCUCCGUCGUCACCAUGGAGGCCAAGCAGGUGAAGGCGUGGCUGUCCGACGCGCAGGCCGAGCUCGAGCGCGCCAACGCCGAGGCCGGCCGCCUCGAGGGCCUGCUGCGCACCGCCGAGGUGGACCUGGGGUCGACGACCGAGCAGCUCGACGGCGUCAUGUCCGAGUGGAAGGAGGCCACGGCUGCGUGGCGCGCCAGGGAGAAGACGCUGCUCGGACGCGCCCACGCGGCCGAGGAGGACGCCGACGGCGCCCGGCGUGAGAACGCCGAGCUCGCCGAGCUGCACCGGGCGGCCGACCACGAGAACGGCGGCCUGCGGUGCGCGCUGGAGCGAGCGGUGGAGGAGGCCAACGCGGCCAACGAGUCCCUCGAGUUCGCGAGCAGCGAGAACUCUAAGCUGCGCGACGCCAUCGCCGAGAAAGAGCGCGCCAUGGAGUCCCUGAGGCUGGAGAACGAGUCACUCAAGGCCAGCGAGGCUGCCGCGCAGGGGCGUGCCAGUGAUCUAAGCAACCAGCUCACGGCAGCAACCCAAAAGUCCACUGCCGCCGAUGGAGAGAAGGCGGCGGGGCUGCUCCUGGAGAAGUGGAAAGCCGAUGCGGAGGGAAAGCUCAGUGCGGCGGCGUUCCUGGACUCCGGCAGGGUGAUGGCCGCGAGCCGGAAGGAUCGGAUGUUCGCGUCCAUCAGCAACAUCGCGGAGCUGAGGUCCGCGGCGGCGGCGGCAGCCAUGGACGACUACGACUACGAGUUCGACCACUUCGAUGACGGAAGACAGUACGGCGGCUUGGAGCAUGCCAUGAAGCACAAGAAGAGGAGGUCUGUUCUACGCAAAUUCGGGGAUUUCUUUAGGAGGAGAAGCCUGCAUAAGUCAGACUUUGCGCCGGUUCUAGCUAGGUAGAUAUUGCGUGUUUGCAUGAUACCCCUACUAUGAAAUACACGCGUAAUAAAUGUUACUAUGUUUAUAAAUAUAAGAUGUUCCAACUUUUUUAUGAAAUGAAUUGAAUGUAUAUAAAGUUAUGAACAUGUUCUAGUG